GUGAGAACUGGGCCGGUGAUGUGGUCUGCCGGUGCUAACAGCUCCCGUGUCGUCGGCGACGGCUGCUGAGACAUCAUCAUCACCCCUCUAGUACGAGGUGUUGAGUUAUGACAUGCUGCGAGAUCUGCGAAGAGCCAUCCCCUUCGCCUACAGCGCUCUUGGAGGAUGACGACGAUUGCCUCAAGGAGAGGCGGUGGUGGUGCUUCCUACUAUCGUCUGUCUUCACCUUCCUCGCUGGCCUCCUCAUCGUCCUCCUCUGGCGGGUCUUCGCCUUCCUCUUCUGCAGAAAGGAGCCGGACCUCGCUCCCAAUGACCCCAAGCAGAAGGAGCAGAAGGCCGCCCGGCAGGGGAAGCAGGAGUUCGAGGGGACGUUUAUGACAGAGGCGAAAGACUGGGCCGGAGAGCUCAUUUCGGGCCAAACCACGACCGGCAGGAUUCUGGUAAGCAUUUUUGGGGUUGAUGUGAUUUUUGUGACAGAGGGAACUUAUCGAUGA